AUGAGGCUAACUUUAUGGGAAGGGUUUGCUCAUGAUCAAGGUCGUUUCUUAUUCAAUGAGCUUAAUCAGGAUCAUGUGUUGGGUGCAUCCACGGUAUCAGUUGACUCCUAUUAUGGUGCAUAUCUUUCGACUGUUGGACGUACUAGACUUUUUAUUGAUCCUGAUAUUGAUGAAACUGAUGAUCUACAUGGUUGGUAUGCGGAUGAUGGAUAUGUCCAAAAACAUAUCAGCUGGAGUCAGAUAUUAGCCAAUAGUAUCUCUAAAAUGGAAAUGGUGUUUAAUGCAAAAAGGAUCAAGUUAAAUCAGUUUUCAGCGGCUCAUACUGUAUGUAAAAUAGUUUCGAGUAGUAGCAAAGGUGUUAUCAUUGAUUCUUCUAUGCCUAUUUGGUAUGAAUCACGUGCUCGACGCUUAAGGAGAGCUGAUAUGUGCAUGGAGUGUGACCCCUCUUUUAGUAGGCCAAGAUACAGAAUCAAAGUAAAAAUUGGUGACGCUACAAAUACAAUAAUGUCUGUUACACUCUUUGGCCAAUAUGCUGAGAUGAUUAUAGGUUGUCCAAUAUCAAGUAUUCAAGCGAUGACAGAUAAUGAAUUUGGAGACUACUUUCUAGAGGAGUAUCUGAGUGAACGAUUGAUGAAUACAUUCACUUUCAUACUACAUGUUCCUAAGAUAGGAAAUGAUGAUAUCAUAGUUGCAUCUGUUUUACAAGUAAGAUGGGAGGAAGAAUUUUAUUAUCUUAAACGAGAGAUGCGUGGACAAUCUAAUUGA